AUGCCCGUAUCUGCAGAAGAGGUACUAUACCGAAGAAAUAUACGAUCUGAUAAAGAUACCAACUCAACUAAAAAUAGUAUAAGACGUAAAAAUUCCAUCACAAUAAAAAAACCUACUCUAGAUUAUUGUACCCCAAUCUCGACUCCAUUCCAAAGAAGACUUCAAACUUUCGCAGUUGCAUGGCAUACGUCAUCUUUUGUUUUGGGUACCGUUUUUUCGUUGUUCGUUAUAUCAAAACCUAGAUUAUGGGUUUUUGUCAUCCCAUAUAUGAUAUAUUUCUUCAUUGACAGGUCGCCUGCCAAUGGUGGCGUUGUAGAAAGAUAUUCCUUAUGGUUCAGAUCAUUACCCUUUUGGAAGGCAUAUUGUGACUAUUUUCCUAUAACUCUAGAUAAGACUUGUGAUCUACCGCCUACAUUCACCAAGAAAAUAGGAAAUGACCCAGCGAAAAAGGAAACAAAAAGAUUAAGAAUUAAGCUAUGGCCUACCAAAUAUUAUCUAAAUUUUGAGAAAAAGGCUUCAGCUAUGGAUAAUAUGGAAGCAACCGGACCCAGGUAUAUAUUCGGAUAUCAUCCUCAUGGAAUUGGUGCAUUAGGCGCGUUCGGAGCUAUUGGAACAGAGGGCAGAGAUUGGUCUCAAAAAUUUCCUGGUAUUCCAGUUUCUUUAAUGACUUUAGUCACACAGUUCCACAUACCAUUUUACAGAGACUAUCUACUAGCAUUAGGCGUUACAUCAGUAUCUAAGAAAAAUUCAUUAAAAACAUUAAACAAGAAUCAAUCCAUAUGUAUCGUGGUGGGUGGAGCUAGGGAAUCAUUACUAAGUUCAAUGGGUUCCACCGAGAUCAUAUUAAAUAAAAGAAAAGGUUUCAUUAAGUUAGCUAUUGAAACGGGUAAUACAAGUUUGGUACCCGUCUUUGCGUUUGGCGAGACAAAUUGUUAUAAUAUCCUUAGAACAGAUGACGAUUCUUGGCUAAGAAAGUUUCAAUUAUGGUUCAAAGAAAAUUGUGGAUUUACUAUCCCAAUAUUUUAUGCACGAGGUAUAUUUAAUUAUGAUUUUGGAUUAUUACCUUUUAGGACUCCGUUGAACGUUAUAGUGGGGAAACCUAUUUACGUAAAAGAAAAAAUAGAAAAUCCACCUACUGAAGUUGUUGACCAUUAUCAUAAUCUAUAUAUCGAGGAACUGAAGAGAUUAUACUAUGCGAACAAUGAAAAAUAUGGUUUUGGUGAUGAAGAUCUAGAAAUUGUAGGUUAA